CACAAAACCACAGUUAGUCAAAAGCCUGUGUGAGAGCAGGCAAAGCAACAGGAGAUGCACAAUGGAGUGCUACAUCUUUUCAAUGCUUCUCCUGAUCUGGACUGUGGGUUCAGCCUCUUCAACUGAUGACGGAUUUUUUAUCUCAGCCCCCGGAUUGCUUCAUGUUGGUGUUAAAGAGAAAGUGUUUGUCCAGAUGGGAAAGAAUCAUCUCAACAAUCCUGUUACUCUCUACCUGAAGCAUGAGAGUACUGGUACAAUCGUGUCUGAGAAGAAAACUACUCAGUGCACUGCUGCUGGGAGUGUCAAAACAGUUGAGCUCAUGAUAGACACAGACAUUAUGUCAAGAUUGCCUCCACAUUAUAGACGUUCCACCCUUGCACUGGUGGCAGAGAGCCCCUCCUUUAGUGGCACAAAGGAGACGCGUGUCCUAUUUUCAAAACACAGGGGCUAUAUCUUCAUUCAGACCGAUCAGCCAAUCUACAACCCAACACAAAAAGUGAGAUACAGGAUAUUCACUCUUAACCACUCAUUCAGGCCUACUGAGGAGGUCUUCCAGAUAUCAGUGUUUAAUGCUGCUGGAAACAGAGUAAUGAGGACCCUCAGGGUUGCAAAGGGAGGAAUUCUGCAAGACACAUUCUCCAUACCUGAUAUCUCUAAAAUGGGCACAUGGAAGAUUACAGCACAUUAUGAAGGGGAUGAAGCAAAUGCUGCCUCCCGAGAAUUCAAAGUCCAAAAAUUUGUUUUACCAAGUUUUGAAGUGAACAUUGCAAUGGAGGAGAGCUAUAUUUUGCAGAAUGCUGAACAGUUUGACUUCUCGAUCGUAGCAAAGUAUUCACAUGGUGAGAGAGUUAAGGGGGCCUACCACUGCCAAUUUGGAGUGGUAGAAAAGGGUACAACCCCGGGUCAAAAAUUGAGGCCUGCCAUUAUCAGGGGACUGGAGUUGACUGGUUCGGUCCAGGAUGGAAGUGCAUCAGCUUCUCUUCAGAUAGCGGACUUUCGUGAGCGACAUAACAAAACCCUUGCCGAAUUACAGCAAAGUGGAGCACAACUGUAUUUGGGAGUAUUUGUCACCAACAUACAAAGUGGUGAAAUACAAGAAACAGAAGUUUACCUUCCUAUCAUUUCCCAUAAAUACACUGUGGAUCUCUCUCGAACUCGCUCGCAUUUUCUCCCUGGAUAUCCACUAGACGUUGCGGUGGUCAUACGUCUGCCAGAUGGCUCCCCAGCUGCUGGUGUGCCUGUAAAUAUUGAUGUAUUACCAUCUACAGAGGGAUCGUGGCAAGGCACAACAGACCAGGAGGGGGCAGCGUAUCCUGUGUUUAACAUACCCAAUGUGGCUCAGAUUACUGUUGAAGUGGUGGCAGAUGGUCUUCAGCAGAGGAAAAUAAUUCAGCGUGCUUCAUCACCAAGCGGCAGCUACCUUUACCUGAGCUUUACCCACAAGAUGUAUUCUGUGGGCGAGUUAUUAACUGUGAAUUUCAACACCAUCAAUGGCCCAGGAAAGGGGUUUAUAUACUACAUGGUUUUAAGACGUGGGAUGCUAAUACAAGAGGGCUCUCUUGGAUUUGGCACUGCAGUUAAACACAACCUGCAGAUAACGUCUGAUAUGAUUCCAUCCUUUCGGCUGAUUGGCUACUACUACAGCAAGCGUGGUGACAUCAUUGCUGAUUCGGCAUGGGUAGAUGUCAGGGAUGAAUGUGAGAUAAAGGUCAAGGUGGAACAAAAAGGACCGUUCAUACCUGGAAGACAGUCAAAGCUUGAAAUUGAUCUACAUGGUCAGAAAGCCAGAGUGGCUUUGCUGGCUGUGGAUAAAGCCAUCUACGCUCUCAAUGCUGAUAAUAAACUCACAGCCAAGCAGGUGUUUUCCACAUUGCAGUCAUAUGACCGUGGUUGCUCAUACGGUGGUGGGGCUGAUCCAGCGUCUGUACUAACAAAUGCUGGCCUGUCUUUUGUAUCUCAAUCCCAGUCAAUGUCGAAAGAAAAGCUUGCCUGUGAUGCACAAUCUGCACGACAAAGACGCGCUGUGGACCUUCAACAGGAAAUGAGGACCUUAAAAUCAAACUUUUCCGAAGAAAAGCUGCAAGAAUGUUGUGCUCGCGGGUUUUCUCUCAUCCCGAUGAUACGGACAUGUCAUGAUAGAGCGAAGCGAGUCUCUCUGGUGGAAGUAAAUUCUGACUGUGCAGACGUCUUCUUAAAAUGCUGCCUUGAAGGAGAGCGUCUAAGACAAAAAAAGCUCCAAGAGGAUGCCCAGAGAGGACUUGGCAGGACUGCAACCACAGAUGACAUUGAACAGUUCUUCUUGGACACUGCUGCUCAGUACAUUCGCCGCUUUUUCCCGCCAAGCUUUGCAUUCACUGAAUUUGAUGUAAAUGACAAAGGGAGGUAUUCUUUGACUCUACCGGAUUCCAUCACCACAUGGGAGGUUCAGGUCGUCACUAUGUCUGCUGCCACUGGUCUCUGUGUUGUUAAGCCAUCUGAGGUCAGAGCUUUUAAGAGGACAUUUGUGUCUCUGAGACUGCCUUAUUCUGUGAAGAAAUUUGAGCAACUCUCCAUUUCACCUGUUAUCUACAACUAUGGCUCAGAUCCUCUACAGCUGGCAGUUCAUAUGGAACAAACUGAAGGACUUUGCUCCCCUGGCUCGGCCACCACUUCAGCAUUUGUCAACAUUACUGUGGAGCGAGAGUCUUCCCAGUUUGUCUCCUUCAGUGCUGUCCCCAUGGUAACUGGUUCAAUACCCAUCAAAAUACGUCUCUUUGAUAUGGAGAAUGAGAUGGGAAUCGAUGCAAUUGAGAAGCCUUUGAAAGUGUUGACAGAAGGACUAGAAAAGAGAGUGCAAGAAACCAGAGUGAUAAAAUUAGAUGGGAGGAGCACAAUAGAUUUCAAUAUAAGUGGAAUUUUACCAGAGGACAUAGUCCCCGACUCCAGGUCCAAUAUUUUCGUUUCCGUGGAAGGGGAUGGAUUUGGCAGUUCACAUGCGAAGAACCUUCUUUCUCCUCAGAAGGUUGCUGACCUCAUCGUAUUGCCUACAGGAUGUUUAGAACAGACAAUGGUAAAAUUGGCCCCAACAGCUUCAGCCCUCCGCUACCUCGACCUGAGUGAACAAUGGUUUGACCUGCCUGCUGGUUCCAGAGAUGAUGCUCUGGAUAAAAUUGAAAAAGGUUAUAUGAGGAUUUUAACAUACAAGAAACGCAACGGAUCUUAUGGGCCAUGGGGUUCAGUACCGUCUAGCAACUGGGUGACUGCUCUUGUUGUGAAAGUAUUAUCGUUAGUGGCGCAGCGUCAGACAGAGGCUUUCGGACAGCAGGCCAGGAAGGCUCGGGUUGUGCCAGACGAAGAGAUCAGGCAACCAGUCAGUUAUUUGCUCUCAGUACAGAAGAAUGACGGGUCAUUCAGUGACCCAAAUCCAGUGAUACACAGAGGAAUUCUGAAAGGCAAAGACCAAGACGCAUCCAUGACGGCCUUUAUAACUCUUGCCCUGCAACGGUCCCUUCAAUUCCUGCAACCUGAAUUGAGAAAUAAUGCGGAAGCAAGAAUUUCAAGAUCAACAUCAUAUCUUCUGUCACACCUUGAGGAGCUUCAGCAUCCCUAUGCUGUUGCCAUCACAGCCUACUGCCUCGCAGUCUGCCUGCCACAGGGAACAGAUCAUUCAUCUGCCUGGACAAAACUUAGAGCACUGGCCACUGAAGGGAAGAAUGGCUGUUAUUUGUGGACAGCUGAUGCCAGCCCAAAGAAUCAAGCUCAGGCAGAUGGCAUCACGGUAGAGACUACAGCCUAUGCCCUCCUAGCUGUAGUGGAACUUGGACAUACCAAGUGGGCAGACAAAACAGCCUGCUGGUUAACCACCCAAGAAAACUACUUUGGAGGCUAUAAAUCAUCACAGGAUACCAUUAUGGCAUUGGAGGCUCUUGCAGAGUAUGAGCUAAAGAGGUCUGUCAGUCCUGAAGCAAAUCUAAUAGCCGAGUUUACGGCCCAAGGAAAAAAAGACAUUAUAAAACUUGCACUGAAAAAUAAGAAGGAGAAGGUGGAAACAGACCUUCAGAAAUUUGCAGGGAACGACAUUGUUGUACUAUUAACAGGAAAAGGUGAUACCAAGAUAAAAAUUGUAAAAGCGUACCAACUAAUGGAUCCAAAGGACGAUUGUGAUAAAGUGUCUAUCAGAGUCACAGUGGAGGGGACAGUGAAGUACACUGCUAAGGUCAAAGAAAAUUAUGAAUACUAUGAUGACUACGAAAACAAUGAGGAGUGGGUGGAGAAGGAGGUACGAGUGCCACAAUCUGCAGUUGAGCGGUUUGAUGCUCACACCAGAAACAGGAGGGAUCUUGAUAACAACUUAAAUUCAGAUGAGAUGCUCACCUACAGAAUCUGUGUCAGUCAUAGCCUGAGCAGCAAUCUCACAGGAAUGGCCAUUGCUGACAUCACACUUCUUAGUGGAUUUGAGGCUGUAACUCAGGACCUGGACAGGCUAACAGAGGAACCUGAGAGAUACAUUUCCCAUUAUGAAGUCUCCUAUGGAAGAGUGCUGCUCUACUUUAAUGAGCUUUUGGAAUCAGAGGAAUGUAUUAGUUUUGAUGCUAUACAGAGAGUACCUAUUGGCCUUCUACAGCCUGCUCCAGCUGUGUUCUAUGAUUAUUAUGAACCAAACACAAAGUGUACUGUUUUCUACUCUGCCCCCCAAAGAAGCAAGAUGGUCUCCAAACUAUGUUCAGAGGAUGUUUGCCAAUGCGCAGAAAGACCCUGCCAUAAAGUACAAAAUACAUUCCAACUAGAAAGAGGCCAAAGAAUCACAAAGAAUCAUCGUUUACAACAUGCUUGCUUCUUCCCUACGGUAGAUUAUGCAUACAUUGUUGAAGUCCGAAAUGUUACCAUGAAGAGUAACUUUGAACUUUACAAAAUGACUAUAAACGAGGUUCUCAGAUCACAUGGAGAUAUCCUUGUUGAUGAGAAUUCUGUUCGAGUGUUUGCUAAGAGGCGCCAUUGUAAGGGACAGCUAGACCUAGGAAAACAGUAUCUCAUCAUGGGCAAAGAUGGCAUCACAACCGACUCAAAUGGAAAGAUGCAGUAUCUGCUGGAGUCAAACACCUGGGUUGAAAGAAAGCCAGAGGAGGGAUGCAAAAAAUCUGCACAUAGAGCUGCCUGCACAGGGUUUAAUGCAUUUACAGUGCAGUACAAGAUAGAUGGCUGCAGGCAGUAAAACAAAAUGAUCAGUUUAGUGUGAGUUAUAGUAGCUUCCCAUGAGAUUUAUGAUCAGCAUGGGUGUUUACAACUCUUUUUCUCACUGUUUAUACUUAGUCUUUAAAGUACAGUAUUAGAACCAUACAUAGAUUAAAUGGGGAAUUCAUUAAAUAUCAUGUAGAUGUGUGCAAAGAAGAGACUGAAUUUUAAUUGUUGCAAAAAGUUUGACUUUCAGGGCCCGUACUGUAUAUUAAUUACUUGUUGAAAAUCAUUAAUAAUGGCAUCUACACAGAAGAAUUUUACAUAUAAAACAUUUCAAAACUUGUGACAGUUAACAAAUUUGACUUUUGGUGUCUCAAUUAAAAUCUCUUUUCAGUUCUCUCUGGUAGGAGGAGGCUGCAACAGUGCACUGACAUUUUUUAAUUUACAUUUAAGUUUGAAAAGCUGAAAAUCAUUAAGGUGUUAAUAUAUCAUCUUGAAAAAAACAAGUAAACUCAACAUGGAUCUCAUGCUGUGUGAGGAGAAUCAGAUUAUAAUGGGUGGGGAGAUGACAGGGUAACGGGCCAACAUCUUUCUUCCAUGUGCCAAAUGUGUCUUUUGAUCGUACAGGGCUGUGACUGGCCCAUUUUAGUAUGUGUGUAAUGUGUAUACUGUGGAUAAUUUACAUGUAAAUGUUAGCCUGAUUGCAGCUUUACAUGUACCAAAAUUUUUCAGUUCUUUGAAGAUAUUUUAAACUCAUUGUUAAUGUUAAAGCUAUGCAUGUUGUUUCAAAAAUACAAGAAAACUUAUAAAUGAAUACAAUGGGAUAACCUGACCUGAAAAAGUUUGUACUGAAACACAAACAAUCUGUAUCAACCAAUUAGAGAAAGACCCAGCAAGCUAGAAAUCUUGAGGCAAAAUUUUAAAAACUUUAGGGAUUUUGGUGUUAAAUUCUUCCAAAACUCUUGAAAAGGAUGUUCAGGGUGUUUACAGUAACAUUUGAAAUGUAAACUAAAGAAAACAAACAUUAAUUUUCUUUCCAAACAGUGUUUCAUGUUGAAUUGCAUAAUGUAUCCUGAUGUAAUAUUGGCAUCUUGUUAAGUGUACUUUACACAAUGCUUUUCAUGUAGAAAAUAGUAGCUGACCCUCUUUUUGAAUAUAUUUGCUACUGUUAUCCACAUGUGCCAAUAGUCUGUCAUAAAUCUUACAUCUGUUCCAUUUUACUAGUUCGGGACAAAGUUUGGCAGCUGUUUAAAUUUCAUUCGUCAACAAUCAUCUCACUGAUGAAUAAACAUGAAAAAGGUUAUAGAGUUACAAGAAAACUGUAUAGGAAAUGUAUGAUCUGUUAAAUAAGAAGCUUCAGUAACUUCUGAUAAGAUAUAUUAAAGAUCUGAACCACCAAA